ACUUGUUGUUUCACGUCUCGCUGUGAGCGAAAGCCGUUAUUAUCAUUCGGAAGAAGGUGCUCAAGUUGAAAGUCCGUUUUAAUUGCUCAUGUUCGAAGAGCAUCGUUGUACCCGCAAUAUCUUAUUAUUGUGAUAUGUAUAGCAUUAAUCUCGAAACUUCUGUUAUUAUUUCGAGUGCGGCCAUUGCGACUUUGUACAUAAAAACAAGUAAAUGUUUUUCUCUGUUUGUGUUUUAGAUACACGACGAAUCGUUCUUUCUAUCUAUACAAGGUCGUGUUGUUCAUAAACGUGACGUGAAAUAUUAUCGAAGGUACCGUUAUUCAUCGAUCAUAGAGACUGAUGAUGUAAAAAACAGAUAUAUUACCAUGUAGUUUGUCUGUUCCUGUGACAUGAGGCUGCGAACACAUUGUUAUACCUGCGAUAGCUUGUGAUACACGACGAAUCGUUCUUUCUAUCUAUACAAGGUCGUGUUGUUCAUAUACGUGACGUGAAAUAUUAUCAAAGGUGCCGUUAUUCAUCGAUCAUAGAGACUGAUGAUGUAAAAAACAGACAUAUUGCCAUGUAAUGUCUGUUCCUGCGGCAUGAGGCUGCGAACACAUCGUUGUAAUGCACACCUGCAAUGUAUUGUAUGUACUAUUAAUUCCUUAUACACAACCGUGUUUUGUUAUCUCUGUCACAAAUUUUUUCAUGUAUAAAAAUACUUAAGGAUACCGUAAUAUAAUUAUUCUCUGUUCCGUCACAGCAAGUGGCUAAGUACUAAAACAUAACAUGUUUGCUACGUUGUACUUGCGUUCCUGCGAGUCAACGAUUACUUUGCACCUGCAAUCUUUUGCUAUUGUAUUUGUAUUUCUAUAUAUUAAUAUGGAAAGACGAUAUAUAAAAACCUCAAUCAGUCGAAAGACGCUGCACACAAUGUCUGAACGACAAAUAUGAAGGAUUAAAUCCGAAUAUAGAAACAAUAUUUGUAUAUUAUGUGCGUCCAAUCUAACUGUCCAUACUAGAAGUAAUGUGCAUACGUCGUGUCCAUACAUUGGACCUCAAGAAAGUAUUGCUUUCAAUAAUACUUUCAAUAAUGAGACUUGCAGUGAAAAUAUAGAUAAUACACAAGGGACUACUGAUGUGUCUUCGUGUAUGUCCGAUAUUAGUGAUGUAUGUGACGAAAGCGAUAAAAGUGAUGUUGUCUUCACAAGUAGCAUCGUUUCGCGACGAAUUGGCAUCUUGCUUUGUUGAUAAUAACAUUACACACGUCCAAGGAAAUAAUUUUUUGUCUCUUUUAAGAAAACAUCCAUGCUUUUCAUAUUUGCCGAAAGAUGUUAGGACACUUCUCGAUACACCGCGCAGUUGUCUUGAUAUAUGCGCGGUACCACCAGGGGAAUAUUUGCAUUUUGAUCUGGAAGUCGCAGUUGUUGACAGUUUGUCUAAUAAUAUAUCUUGUACAUCAGUUAACAAGACGUACAACGAAUUAUGUCGAAUGGCGGAAUAUAUUUCCUUGGCCAAAGAGUGCCACUUAGAGCUUAGAUGUUUCAUAGCAGAUGCGCCAGUUCGCGCCUUUAUAUUACAUCAUCGUGGCCAUAUGGCUGAACGUCCAUGUUACAAAUGUAAAAUAUCAGGAAUACAUGUUAAUACUAAUUAUUUUAUCUUUAAUGGUAUUAACCAUCCUCUUCGAACGGAUGAUGAAUACAUCAGACGUUUUGAUGACGCUCACCACAAAGAUGGUGCAAGUCCACUUUCACGAUUACCCAUGGAAAUGGUGUAUAAGGUUCUAUUUGAGUACAUGCACUUAGUCUGUAUAGGUGUUAUGAAAAAGUUGUUUCAAGCGUGGGUACAAGGAAAAUUUUCACGUGAGACAAAACUAUCUGGAAGAGCUAUUACAGUUAUAAAUACAAAAAUACUAAGUCUACAAGAGUAUUGUCCUUCAGAUUUCGCAAGACGUCCCAGAUCUCUCGAACUAUAUUCCAAAUAAAAAGUCACAGAACUACGUCAAUUUUUAUUGUAUACCGGUCCAGCUAUAUUACACGAUUUAUUAGAU